AUGGGAACAUCAAAAGCGCGCCCUUCGACAAAAGCGAAAAAGAUUACCCCAGAUGUCCCAGCGCGACACCUCCCAGAAAGGACCUUUGUUCUCGACAAUGGCGCAUACACAAUGAAAGCGGGCUACGCCGCGGACCCCGGUCUGUCUUCCGAAGAUGCACUCGCAGCUUGCACCUCUAUACCGAAUACUAUUGUGAAAACUCGCGAUAAUAAAAUCGUGGUUGGUGCCCAGCUCUCGACACAAGUUACAGACUGGAAUGAAGCUGUGUUUCGCCGACCAGUGGAGAAGGGAUACAUUGUGAAUUGGGAAGCAGAGAGAGAGAUUUGGGAGCAGACUUUCUUCGAAGAGAAGGCUACUGCGCGAAACAAGAACCUUCGUAUUCCUGCGCCAGAAGAAACGACUCUCAUCCUGACCGAAGCUCCGAAUGCCAUGCCGAUUUUGCAACGAAACGCGGAUGAAAUGGUAAUGGAGGAAUGGGGAUUUGGUGGAUAUGCGAGAUGUCUUGGUCCGACCCUUAACGCUUGGAAUGAAAUCCACUCUUUAUUCGGCGAUCCCCUUACCAGCAAGCCCGACACAGAUAUUUUGCCCAUGGACUGCCUACUUGUCGUUGACUCCGGUUACUCACAUACAACGGUAACGCCUAUUUUCAAGGGGCGUCCGCUGCAACGUGCGAUCCGGCGCCUCGAUAUUGGUGGAAAACUCCUCACCAACUAUCUCAAAGAAAUUGUGUCAGUGCGACAGUACAACAUGGUGGACGAAAGUUACAUUAUGAAUGAGGUGAAAGAGGCUGUCUCAUUUGUGAGCAACGACUUUGCGGCGGAUAUGGAGCGCACUUGGAAAGCCAGGGCCAAGAACCGUCUUGAAGAAGGGGUUGUUUUGGACUAUGUCCUACCGGACCCAAAUGCAGGGAAGAAAGGAUUCACGCGGCCGCAUGAUCCCCUUCUUCAUGCGAAGAAAAAGAAGGGUGCUGCUUCUGGUCUCAGCGCUGAGGUACUAUCCGAGGAUGUACUUGUUUUGGGCAAUGAACGUUUUACGGUGCCGGAGCUUCUAUUCAAUCCUGGUGAUAUUGGAAUGACACAAGCUGGCAUACCCGACAUGAUCAUUCAAAGCCUGUCUGUUCUUCCACCUGCCUUGCACGCCGCGUUCCUAGCCAAUACUCUAGUUGUUGGUGGAAACUCUCUUAUUCCAGGUUUUAUGGAAAGACUGGAAACCGACCUUCGUCCCAUUGCAUCCGCCGACUGCGUUGUCAGGGUCUGUCGUGCUCAGGACCCCAUCUUCUCAAGCUGGUUAGGAGGAUCUCGCCUUGCCAGUAAUCGGGAAGAAUUGAGCAAGGUUGCAAUCACACGACAGGAAUAUCAAGAAUACGGUUCCGGGUGGGCAGGUAGACGAUUUGCUGGGGCAGUGUAG